AUGGAACCUGAGAAUGAUUGUGAUUGGAAGCCAAAACAGGGAAUGACAUUUGAUUCUGAACAAUGUACGUAUGAUUUUUAUAAUACAUAUGGAGGAAGAAUGAGGUUUAGCAUAAGAAGGGAUUAUUGUAGGAAGGACAAGUUCACUAAUCAACUUAUUUGUAGACUUUUGGUUUGCAACAAGGAGGGAUUUCGAAAGAGAAAACACAACCAUGAUCUUGUAUCACCCGAGUGUGCUCACAUGUUGCCAUCACAAAGAAAAAUAUCGACUACCCAAGCAAUUCAGUUAGAUUUGGCGGCACAAUCUGGUCUUCGUUUUGGCCAGUCUUUUGAACUCAUGGGUAGGGAAGCUGGUGGAAGGCAAUAUCUUGGGUUUACGAAAUUAGAUUCUAAAAAUUAUUUGAGAACCAAAAGACAACAAAGUUUAGUAUAUGGGGAAGUAGGCAAUGUGUUGCAAUACUUUAAAGAAAAAUCUUUGCAGAAUCCUUCAUUCUUUUAUGCUUUUCAAUUAGAUAAUGAGGAGCAAAUAACCAAUAUGUUUUGGGCCGAUGCACAAAUGAUCAUGGAUUAUGCCCAAUUUGGUGAUGUUGUCACAUUUGAUACGACUUACAAGUUAAACAAAGAACAUAGACCCUUCGCAUCUUUUAUGGGAUUCAAUCAUCAUAGGGAAACAAUUAUAUUUGGUGCAGCAUUGUUGUAUGAUGAGACCGCCGAAUCAUUUGUAUGGUUGUUUGAAAAUUUUCUAGAGGCUAUGUCAAGAAAGGCACCAAAAACUUUGUUCACCGAUCAAGAUGCUGCAAUGGCUAAAGCCAUACCCAUCGUUAUGCCUGACACAAGUCACCGAUUGUGUAUUUGGCAUUUGAUGCAAAAUGCAUUAAAACAUGUUAACUGUUUGUUCCAAGAUAAGGGGGUGAAGAGUGUACUAAAUAAAUUCUUCUUUCACAUUAAAGAUGCAAAUCAAUGGAAGUUAGAGUGGGCGGAAAUGCUUGAUAAAUAUGAUGCGCAUGAAAACCAUUGGUUGAAAUUGACUUUUGCGGAUCACAUUCGUUCUGAUUUUAACUUAAAUGAAUUCUUCAUGCAUUUCGAAAGGUACUUUCAAUCCAUUGAAUCGGACAUAGAAGCAAUUGAAUAUGGGGAGGCUAGUACCAUUUACACAGUUGUUGAUGUUGGUAACAAAUAUGCAAGGAAAGUGAAGAUAGAGAGGGAUGGCUCUUUGGGUUGUAAUUGUACAAAGUUUGAAAGGGAAGGAAUCUUGUGUUAUCACUCAUUGAAGGUUAUUAGAGACAUAUUGAAGAUGAAAGAGGUUCCUCCACAAUACAUUCUGAAGAGGUGGACCAAACAAGCAAGAGCCGAAACUGUGAAGGACAUUAAGGGGAAUGACAUUGAAGUAGAUGUGAAAUUCCAACAAGCAUCGCGGUAUAAGACAUUGAUGACAGCAUUUAGAGCACUAGCAAGUAGAGCUGCUGAAACUGAAGAAACCUUUGAUUUUUGUGUUGCACAGCUUGCUACAUUAGGUGCAAAUGUUGAAGGCAAGUUAAGUGCUCAUUUUGGUGUUGGAAAUGAAGUAGGUAAUGAUGAUGACACCCAAACCUUUGAAGUGGAUUGCGAAGAUGUGAAUCAUGUUGUGCAACCAAAAGGAUUGAAGAAAAAGGUGGCAACUAGUAAGGUAAAAGGAGGGUCAAAGGUGGAUUCGAAGUGA